AUGGAGACUGAUCGCUUCUUGCGGAUCGAGACGCCGCGCAAGUCGCGCUCCCGUUGGUACUUCGCUGGUGCGGCUGUGGCUCUUCUCCUCGUCGCCGGCGUGGUAGCUAAGACGGCUCCGGAAACCCUGCAUAUCUCCUCCCCGAAGAACAUCAUCUUCGAUACUGAGGUGUCCCACUGGGAGGACAUUCCGGGCAUUGACAAGGUGAUCCGCAAGGCCCAAAGCCUUAGGCAUGACAAGCCACUGCGGAACUUGCAGGAUUUGUUCUAUGAUUCGCAGCCAGAGGAAGUGCCCUUUAUUCGCACGGAAUGCGUCAUUGACGUCGUCCAGGCUGCUGCAUACCUCGACCAG